UAAUAAUUAAACAGGAGGAAUAUAUAUCACCCCUAUAAAUGGGGAAUUGGUAGCUUGUCUAGAAUCUGCAAUUCUCGAUAAAUCAAUUAAGUUCUUUACUAACUUCUCUUCAAGUAAUUAAGGUUUGGUCGGAAUGGCUUCAGCUCAAGGCGGCGCGGUGAGGAAGGAGGAAGCAUUUAUGGAGGAGCUAACGAAGCAAAGCAAUCCACAAACAGAGAUGCUGUUUGCAGGUUAUAUGUACAACAAGAGCAAUCCCAAAAAGCCUAUGCAUCUUCAUGCUGACAAGAUAUGGUCUGGGGAAAUCUAUAAGGAUUAUAACUUUCCAGAAGUUCUUGAUGAAACUGAUGAAAGAGCCAGUUUUGCACUAAAAGCAGAUUGGGGGGAUGUCAUCAAGAGUGCGGUGGUGUAUUCCCUUAAAACUGGCGAACAUCACUUUAAUCACUAUGCUUUUCUCUUGGCUUGGUCCUACAACUUUGUUCAAGGACGCCGUGUUAGAAAGGUUUAUGUACGUUGUGGGCUUCUGGAGAAUUUCAGUAAGAUAAACUGGGAAAACGUCGAAAAGGAGCUUGACGCUUCCACCCCAUCUUCUUCUUACAUUGACGCAUUAACUCGAACUUCAGUGAAGGCCCAUAUCGAUGCAAAUGUUGUUUAUGCAGAUUUCAUGUAAAAUGGAGCGCAACAUUUAUAAUUAAGGAUACACGUAGCAUUUAUGUUGUACGUGUAUCUAAAGAGGACAAAUCAAAUACUUGAUCAGUACUACUCCUAAUCCGGCCAUGUAACUAUAUAAUAAUUGCAUGUUAUAUUUUUAUAUAGUUGCUGCUGCUCCUUCUACUAUUAUGAUAUAAAAUAAACGUGCCUCUUUUCAUCGUA